UGCAGCUCAGUUUUGGCCUGCCAACGGAAUCACAGAUUCACUGAGAAUCCAAUUAAUCUUCUUUGAAUUGGCAUGUAUGCGAAGCGCUGGUACUGCUAGAAGUAGGGCCAUAAACUAUUUUCUAUCCUUUCACUGUGAAAACUAAACGUGAAAGACCAGAAGGAAAAGAGAAACACUCUGUGAACUUGAAAAAUGGAGUUGGGAAGAAGAAAGAGCUAAAGGUUUCACCAAUCUCUCAGGGAAUCAGUAAUUUAGACUUUCUCAGCCAUGAUUGCCAAUUCUGCUGUUCUGAUGGAUCUGUUGCAGUUUCUUCCGAGCCUGCCAUGGUUGCCAAUUCUGCGGUUUCUAACGGAUCUGUUGCAAUUUCUUCCAAACAAAUUGUCUCUGAUGUACCUGCUGCCACUCCGGUAUCUAUUGCUAUGAACUCCUUGUCAACAGCCCACCACUUUAUCAGCACCAAGUUGACUUCCCGUAACUUUUUAUUAUGGAGGACACAGAUUGUACCGUUUCUACGGGGUCAGAACUUAAUGGGAUUUGUUGAUGGCUCAAUGCCCUGUCCGUCGCUGGUUGUUCUGUCCGCCUCUGGUGAUCCUUCAUCACCAAAUCCGGCGUAUGCUCUGUGGGUGCAACAAGACCAAGCAAUAAUGUCCAUGUUGAUUUCUUCCCUAUCUGAGGAGGUCAUGCACUUGGCAGUUGGUCGUCAAACUUCAAAGGAAAUUUGGGAUGCUGUCGAGGAGGCUUUGGCUUCAUCUUCAAGGGUUCAAUCCCUCUGGCAAGGAAAUGCGUCGGUGACGGAUUAUUUAGGAUGCUCCCAGUCCCAUGUUCCCAAACGCCGAAUCAUCAAACGCAAGGAUGGAAAUACAGCUUCUCUCUUCCAGAAGGGCGAAAUAUAUGCAUUUGGUCCCUUGUAUGAAGAGAUAAUAAAGCCAGAGCCAGAGGUACCUGGAGAAGCUAACAUAGGAGCCGAGCAAGAUGUUCUUAGAGCCAGCCAACGUCAAAGGAUAAAACCAGCUGCAGAAGUGGCUUGGGAGUAUCUCAUAAAAAGGACGAGCCUGGAUAAGGAUCUCAUGACAGAGAUCAGAGGCGAUGAAAUUACUGAUCAAGAUGUCACAGAACCUAAGCAAAGCAACCAAAAUGUCACGGAGCAGGCACAAAGCAACCAGAAUACCACAGAAGGCGAUCAAAAUGUUAUGCAAGAAGAGAACAUAAUAAAGGAGUACUACUUCAGUAAAAUCGGAGAAGUUAUAGAAGAAGCAAUGAGUGCUUAUGAUGAUAAAGACAUGCCAAACAGGGAUGGGAUGCAAGAAAUUAGUUUCUUUAAAUAUAUGAUGAUAAAUCACGGUUGCUUAUUCCUCCUGCAAAUGUUCUUUUAUCUUGGAUUAGGGGUAGAUAAGCUUGAAACUGAGGGUGGACUCCAUGAGAUCCUGUUUGGCAGCGAUAAAAAUGACUACGAAAACCGGAAGAGUAAGUUCUCUAAGGGUAUGGUGUUUCCUGGCAACCAAAUUCCACUGGUUGUGCUCAAUAAACUAAUCCACCAUUCUUUUUUUAAGAAGCUUGCUCUAAACGAGGAUUGGAAAAAUCCCCCUUCUUCAGAUCUACUCAAAACUGUCCUAUAUGACUUGAUCUUGGACCCUGUGCUCAAAAUGAACCGAAGCAGCAGUAGCACAUAUUCUGAUCCGAGUAAAGAGUAUACAGACGUACUUCAUGGGCUCCACUGUCGAUGGGUUGGGACGGCUAGAGGCGAGAUUGUUGAUGAAGAGACUCGUCACCAAAAUGGCAACGUUGAUUUAGAAAUCGGGGUUAACACAAACUAUUUGGACCCCAAAGAUGGUGAAGGUCAAAGGAUCCCGAGUGCCACAACAAUGUAUUCUAAAGGUAUCGACUUUAAGCCGGUAAGCGGCAUGGCAAUUAGGGAGAUUCAGAUCAAGGAUGGCGUGUUCAUGGGGAAGGUCCUUCAUUUGCCAGUCUUCACUUUCAAUGAGAUGAUGAAGGAGAUGUACACAUCUCUGAAAGCUUACGAGAAUGAUCAGGGCCUAAGGGAAAGGGGGGUAAGUGAAUAUCUGAGGUUUCUGUGCGAUAUUGUCCGCACCGACCAAGACGCUGCGCUGUUAGAGCAGAAGGGAGUGAUUAAAGUGGAGGGUGGUAAAGUCCUGAUAGACGAGGUAGCCGUGUAUCUGAAAAGUGUGGCAUGUACCGGCGCCGGCGCCGGCGGUGGUGCUUCCACGGACACGCUCCUCCUCCCACUCACCAGCACCCAUCUUCGAAAGGUGAAACUAGACAUCAUUCAGUAUCAUCUCAAACCAUGGUACUCUAAAUUAGUAACCCGCGCUCUCUUGCUAUCCUUCUUCUCACUUCUCGUAUCAAUCUUAUCAGCCACCUUCAGUAUCCUCAGCUAUUUCUUACAGAGAAAACGACAUCAUCAUUGAUCCAUCUGUCUCUGAGGUAGCUAAGCAAGUUUAGCAAUUUAAGGCUACCCUUCCUUAUCCCUGCUGCAAAUUAUUUUGUCUACUCGGAUCUACCUUGCAAGAUAGUGC